AUGGAGGACCGCGAGUCCCAGAGCAGCAUACCCCGGUCGUCGAGGCUAGCGGUAGGAAGUUUUCUUGAGGAGCAUACCAACCGCAUCCAGGUUCUUGGCGUACAUACCGAUGAGAAAAAGUAUGUGUGGUCUGCUGAUGCCAGCGAGUCCUACGUUGAGGUGCUAGCGGAUGCGCUGCAUCCGUACCCUGCGACAAAACUGGGUUUCCAGCCAUCGACACUCCGCACAAGAGACUCUCUGGAUGGAUCUGAUAAGGUAGUUGAGGACGAGUGGAGUACCGGAGAAGUCUCUGAGGCAAGUGUGAGUAUGUCGAGUGUCUCUUCGAUGAGCACUGUGAUGGGCGCUAUGGAGCAGUCUGACGGCUAUCCCGACUCGGACCUCCUUGCAAGCUCUGCCGACUGUUUGCAUAUCUGGGAGCUCGAACGCAAUGAUGACGUGGCGGAGAUGUACGGCGCCAUGUCCCUCCGGAACAGCCUGUCUAGUAAAAAGCGAAACCCUCCGGCGCCACGGUUUCUGCUAAAAGAAAAGUGUGCGCUAGCCCAUGCGAAAAGUUCCAUUUCGCCACCAGCCCCUCUGACGUCGUUCUCAUGGAAUGCACCGUCGCCCAACUUCAUUGUGACGUCGUCCAUUGAUACGACAUGUACUAUCUGGGACUUGCCUACGCGUACAGCGCUCACACAGCUUAUCGCCCACGAUCGUGAAGUGUAUGAUGUGGACUGGUGCCCCGGAAGCUCGGACGUUUUUGCCUCUGUAGGGGCCGAUGGCAGUGUGCGCGUGUUUGACCUGCGUAAUUUGGAGCAUUCUACGAUCAUUUAUGAAACCAUAUCCCAAGUACCGUCCCGGGGCCACCGGCACCCUGGCCGAAGUGGCAGUUCGUCGUACGGCUCUGGUGGCACGACUUUGCCGCUCUUGCGGAUCGCCUUUAAUCCGUGGGAUGCCAACUAUCUGGCCACCUUCCACUCUGACUCGAAUACCGUCCAGAUUCUUGACGUGCGUGCGCCGGGGAGCCCCAUCUUGGAGCUUCGUGGGCACAGCGGCGCCGUGAACUGUGUUGGAUGGGGCCCUCCUAGCCAGGGUGUGGGGCGGAAUGGUCCCAGCAAAGGUAUGAUUUGCACGGGGGGCGACGACGCGCAGUGCCUGGUGUAUGACCUGGCUAGUACGACGCUGCGGUCCGCCUCCGCACAGGGCCGGAGGUCGCAAAACAGCAUGUACAACCGGAGCCAGACCCCCAACGAAGGACUGCGUAUCGGUGCCGAAGUGCCUGUGCUGGCCUAUACAGCGCCCUCUAUGGUGAACAACGUAAGUUGGCUGCGUACGCCGUUUGGCAACCGCCGCUUGUCGCAGCAGAGCAAGCAUCGCAACUUUUACCAGAACUUGCUCAGUGAAUGGACCGACUAUACAACGUCCUCUGUGGCGAGCGGAAGUGAUUGGCUCGCGCUCUGUGCGGGCCAAGCGGUCAAGAUCCUGCGCGUCUAG